GGCACCCGGCGAGGUACACCACAGGUACCAUCCGCGGUGCACCAGCAAACGUGGCCCAGGACAACAAAUACUGCGACCACAGUGACUAAAGAAUAAUGACAGUGAUGGAUUGUUAACUAAAUAAAAAUGUAACUGACUUUUAAAAAUUCUAGACAUAGUGCUACCACAAUUCUUGUGGGUUUGAAAUGUUGGUGUAAAAAGUUCGCGAGGUCCCACCAUGAGGCUAGCUCGCAAGAAGGCCGCGCAGGUUCAAUUACAGGCCGAGCUCAACACUGACGAGGAGUGGAACAAGUUUCUGACUAGAGAUGGACUGUUGGUGGUGGACGUCUACUCGGAAUGGUGCGGUCCGUGCAUCGGUAUGGUGGGCAACCUGAAGAAGAUCAAAGUGGAACUUGGAGGCGACAACCUGCAUUUAGCUGUGGCAAAAUCUGACACAAUAGAAUGUCUGAAGAGGUUCAGGAAACGCAGUGAGCCUACCUGGAUGUUCAUAGCGUCGGGCCAACUCCUGAACGUUGUGUUUGGAGCGGAUGCACCCCGCAUCGCCCGCACUAUAGAAGAGGAACUCCGAAAUGAGGAACUGGCAAAAAAGGGAGAACUGGAGCGACCGAAGCGAGCUCCGCAUGAACUCACUACUCCAGAACAGGAGGUAGCAAAUGCUCAACAGAAGAUAGAAGAAGAGAAGAAAGCUAAGGAAGCAGCGGCGGUGGAGGCGGCGAGGUUCGCGAGACGGGAGGCGCGCGCCAAGCGGCUGGAGAUGCACUUCAACGACGUCUGCCCGGCCCUCAUGCUGCCACACGCACAGAAACACUUGAGGAAGAUCACUGAUACCAUUGAACCUUUUGGUGUCAUCUUGGCGGACAAGUGCCCGAUAGUAGUGGGCAAGGAAGGUGCCAAGAUCUUGGCAGUGGAGGAACCAGAGCUUGGAGAACCAAAUGCAGCAGCCGCGAUCAUUGAGAGACCUUCACUCGCUUUACUGUUCAAGAAGAUGCCAGAUAAAGAGGGAGAUAUUAUAGAAUUAACUCGUCGUGCACUUUGUGGCGACGGCCUGGCAGAAGACGACGACGCCAGGAAGAAGCUCCCAGUCACGGAGCUGCGCGCAGACAACACCAUCGGACUCUACGUGCCCAAAGACAGGCACGAAAGAGCCGCUGUACUAGACGUUUUGUUCCCCAAGAUGGUAGGAGCGGUGGUAGAGCCGGCGGCGCGGGCGGAGGCCCCGCACGUGGCUCUAAUGUUCGGCGCGUGGCAGCGGCGCGCCGUGCUGUCCAUGUGCGGGCCGCCCGACAUCGCGCGCCGCCUGCUGCGGUACGGGUUCUACGCAGACGCCAACCUGGACGAGCCACGACUGCUCGCCAAGGAUAUAGACUCCUAUGAACUCCGGCCGGAGAAGGACUACUGCGAGACCAUAGUCCUGAUGAUCGCAGUGGGGCUAGCAGAGCCCGAGUUGGCAGAGCCUGAAGACAUGUUCCCUGAAGGUCCACCAGAGGAACUCCUGGCUCUAGGCCCUCUACACGUUAGCGCUGAUGCAGUCGUGGGACAGGAGGAGUGCUCCAGAUUCUUCCCACCAGGGUACAGUGAGCCUGAGCGGAAGCCCAAGUCCAAGAGCAAGAAAAAGAAGAAGAAGCGUCACGCGAGCAAAGAAGAUAACGCAGAAGAAUCUCAGGACCGCACUCAGAGUACGGAGAACCCGGAGACCGAAACGAAUGGGGAUACCGAGAAUGGGGACGAUGGUGAGGAAAAUGGGGACGGCGAGGAGAAUGGGGAUGAAGGGGAUGAGGAGGACAAUGAGGAUCAGCAUGCGGACAAGGCUACAUCCCCACCACCACCUACACCACAUUGAAUGUUAUACCAGAGGAAUCAUUAUUUUGGAAAUAUUGUCUAUGUGGACUACUUACAGAUAUUUUACGAAGAAGUUUAUGUUUAUUACUCUGUUAUAUGUUAUUUAAGUUACAUAGUUUAAGCAAAUACUAUCAGACAAAACGUUUGGAAUGAGUGCUAUAGUCACAAACAAUAUGUGAGUGACAUAAUUAUCC